GCGAAAGAUAGAAGGAGGUUUAGGUGAUGUUUGACUAUGUCUGUGACAUACAGCUCUUUAAUUCCGUGCCAAAGUUGCGGAUAGACUCUUGAUUUGCGUAACGUUCUUCAUGUGUACCAACAUGAAAUCCAAAACGAAAAAGAAACAUUCCGAUGGUGACAGUGUUCAUUCAGAAUCUGAUGGUGCACUGUCAUACAGAACACAUUCUCGUAAGAAUGGUUGGACAUGCCCAUGGCAUCCAUUGCAGUUUGUAGAAUGGAUAUUCAUUUGUUACUUCGCCGCUAUUGCCUUUGGAUGUAUUGUACCAACAUUUCCGUAUGAGUGGCAGCCGGCUGGUUAUAUUAUUCCUGGUAUUGUAGUUCUCUUACAUUUUAUUGUACAAUUUAUCAGUAUUAGUAUUAAUCCUGCUGAUCCAGCAACGUUGACGCUAGCUAAAGACCGUGUAGUGCCUAGGUUGGAUAGAAACUCCCAUCCCCAUGUUAUUGAGAAUUCACAUUGUUAUCUGUGCGAAGUUGAUGUGUCAUCUACAUCCAAGCACUGCAGUGUGUGUAAUAAAUGUAUAGAGAAUUUUGAUCAUCACUGUAAAUGGCUAAAUAACUGCGUUGGAAGUCGAAAUUACAGGUAUUUUUUUGCAACUAUCAGUAGCGGAUUGCUGGCAGCAGUACUUGUAUUAGUUAUAACUAUUUACGUCACUAUUGUAUUCUGGGUAGAUCCUAGCCUUCUCUUCCCAGACUGUGUUGCUGAGACGAGCUCUUAUGACUAUGUUGUGCUUUCAUCGAACACAUCCAGUUCAUACUGUGAUAAUUCUACAUGGCUGUAUGAGAACAUGGAACUAUUCUCAUUUGUUGUACCUGCUAUGGCGUUCUUCAUAGUUAUAUUGGUAACCUCUGUGUUAGCAGUCAUUGCCACUGGUUUGUUGGCUCAUCUCGUCAUCUUUCAUAUCUAUCUCAAUUGUAAAGGCAUGACAACGUAUGAUUACAUUGUCAUGAAGCGAGAGCAGGAAGCCAAACAAGAUGACAUUGAAGCUAAUUUUGGUGCUGAUGCAGACCCUCCCCGGUUUAAAAAAAUUAAAAGAAACCAUGUCGCUCCCGCAAAGGUCGAGAAAAAACGAGAAGAUAUCGAGAUGAAGUCCCCGACACCAGAUCUUAUUAAGAAUACUAAAACUUUAUCUGACGAAGAAAGCACCCAAGAAUAUAAAAAGUAUGAACGUGUAUUAGAAGACAACGAAAAUCAAUUAGAGAGUGAUGAAGAGAAAAAGAAAAGGAAAAAAAAGAAAAAGACUGCAGUUGCCGAAGACUCUGUGAAACGAAAGAGCAAGAGGAAAAAGAGGACACGGCGAUCAUCUCUACCUUCUGACAGGUCAUCGCUAGUCAUGGAAGAACCAUGGGGACCACACUACACAACACAAUUAAACUUAUCCAAUAGUCUACCACAGUCUCAACUAGAUCAAUAUAUGGCGUCACAGAGAUAUGGACCACAGGGUAUCCCUCCUACAGCAAGUUUGAAUUACACACCAAGAGGCUUCCAGGCAUUACCAUCAAUACCCCCACAGCGUUUCUAUACACCACCGCCACCUGAGAUUAAUAUUACACCGGCGAAACCCGCCAUGGAUUACGAUUCCUCUGAUGCAGAAUCCUUGCAUGAGAUUCCUAUCAAUCAGACUAAACGUGGUGGACAGUUAGCGAAUGGCACUCUAUACCAGUCACAAAGUCACACCGGCAUUGGCCGAAUUUCACCUCUGAAUUUGGCAUCAUCAUACGAAAGCAGCAUAGCACAACAGCACGCCAUGCGCAGUAGUCUUGACUCUAUACCAUUUACAACAAAUACAUUACCAUACAGAAAACAUGAAGUGCCGCCUUUGGACUUUGACCCUCUGAGAGAUAGCUAUGGUACUAGCGCUGGUCAGCCAUCAGCGAUAUCAUCAAGGUCGAGAACACCGAAGAGCUCAAGAAAGCCAAGUAUACAAGAUCUCUAAGCAGUUCAGUAAUUUUUGUGACUGAAACAGUUCCAGUUCCAGGUUUACUUGCAUUUCAUAUCACUUGAAAAGGGAAUAUCUAAUAUUUCCUUCAAGAGACUAUUUUCUUUAAAAAAGUAUAUUUUUUGUUAUUUUAGUAAAAUGUUGCAAAGAGAAAAUGUUGACCAGCAGCUUUUGUACUUAAUAAAAAAAAAAAACAGAUGUCAAUAUUAUAGAUAUUUUGUUUUUGCCCUUUUAAGGUGCUUUCUUCGUUAGAUAAAAUGUCCUGUGUAUCAGUUUGACGUCCAAUAUUAAAGUUUAUUGUCACAUUUACCGUUAUCUUAAUGUUUUAUCAA